GAGGAAUGUGGGCGGCCCAUGUCAGAUGCCUUGAAGUAUGCGCAACUAGUUUCAGGCUGCACUUCCUGCUCGGUGCCGUCCGUCAUCACCUGUCAGGUAGGAUAGGUGUUGCACCGAGCACGAACACACAUUGAGAUUUCUCCACAGACAGAACUUGACAGGCUGUGGAACGGUGUGGAUCUGUGAAAUCAGGGACUGAUGAAUCUAUACAGGAGUUUCGGGUGUUUGCUUGAAACCUGGGUGACUGAUGGUUACCCGGUCACACGAUCGACCUCAACAGAGGGUUUGGAAAAAAAUUCGUACUCAAACGGCAGUGACUCUGCUUCUGCAGACUCUCUGAGACUCACAGGGGUCGCUCUUAGGUCUGAAUCAGAAGACUCAGGAGUGGAGCUGCCAUCUGUGCUGAGCCCUAUGACCUCCCAGCACCGUGUUCUGACCUCACAGACUUCGCAGCUGAUCGAGGAUGAUUUACGACCUUCGUCCUCCUCGCCAGCUCUUUCUCACUGCUCGUCAUCCUCGUCAUGUUUCUCAGCGACACGAAAAGGAAGCUUAAAAGCACCUGGAACAGCCGGGCUGAAGGUAGAGGAGGCAUUGCGGAGAACAGAGCCGGCCUGGAGGAGGAGCGUGGACAGUAGUCUUCGGCGUCGGUGUAACACAACUUCUAUAUCCAGCGGAUCUAUAACACCUUUUAUACGCUCACGGGUAGGAAGCGUAGGGCCGGGAAGGCCUUACACUCAGGCAGCUGAUGAGCAGAGAGUGUCAGAAGUCACUCCCAGACUGACACACACACCACAGCUUCCUGUUAUCAGUAACAUAGAGCCAGCAAAGCAGGCUGCAGGUUCCACAGGGCCUGAGUGGGAGCAGCUGCCUCCUGGCUUUCUUUACCUAGAGCAGAUGUGCCGAAUGCUGGAGGAAAUUUCUCGGCUGCAGAAGGAGAACCGAGACCUUCACCUGGUGAUAAAAAACAGCCAAGACAGGAUGGAAGAGACGGAGAUGAAGGCUGACAGCAAACAGAAAGCUGAUAUAACCUCCACAGACUGUGAGAAGCUUGACCUCCAGGAUGCCGAGGAUCAACCGGGACCUUUUUCUGAGGCUUUUUUCCGUAGAAGGAGUGUGUCUGAUACGUGGACUUUUAACAGACAUCGUAAAUCUAAAGCCCCUCGAGCCGAGCACUUCCCUUCUACAGACGUUUUACUGGAAGAGCCUGAAAGCCCAAAGCCAGUAACUGCACAGCCGGUUGAAACGGAGCAGCGGAAGGCGAGUAACAGCCUGAAAGAGAAGAUUAGCUCACUCAGAUGGAAUGAAAAGUCAAAAUCAGCCAAGAGCAGCAGCUCUUCAAAUGAGAAAAAGAGGAUAUUCGGACAGUUGUUCAGGAACAGAAGAAAGACUACACGGUUCUGACCCUAUACUGAGACCAAGAAGUCACAAAUGGACACAAAGGGGACCUUUUUGACACCUAACAUUAGCUUGCCAUUUGUAUAUGUAUAUUGUUUGGAACACAAACUUUAUGAUCUUGAUUAACAGUUGGAAUUUCUAUCUGUAGCGCUUAUUUUUAUCAGGCUGAUUUACUGUAUAUAUAUAUAUAUA